ACCAAGAAACUGUGGAUGAAGGUAGUCAAGCCCCAGCAUUCACAGCCAUAUAUCUACGCAGCUGAAGACCAAGCGGAAGUUGAAAGUAAAAUACCAGAAAAACCUAAGAAACCCCCACCUGUCAUCUCGCCGACUACCUUAGCACCACGUUCCCUGGAUUACGAUGAGAUAACAUUACCAGAAAAGGUGUACCUGAGGUACGUACUCUACAGCGAUGACAAGUGUGUACUGACUGGAAUCUACAAUCAGACUGAGCGAGUUUCAUGCACCUUAUGGGUUACAGAAGCCGCAAUUAACAAUCCGCUAUCACACUGCAAUUUUAUUCUGACCGCUUUGUGUGGGAAUCCUGCAUAUAAUGCCUAUAAAUAUGAGGAAAGAAUUUGUAAAGACUAUGACACAUUCAUAAGAAAAAUCCGGCGAUCUUAAGUACUACGUAUUGUGUCUUUAUUUCGUACGCAUCAUUUUGUAUAAACCUGAUAAAAUUCAAAGUGACAA